AUGAGCGACCUCGACAAAGCCAUUGCGCAGUUGCGCGCGUGUCGCCCCAUCCCCGAACCCCAAGUCCGCGAACUCUGCUACAAGGCCCGCGAACUGCUCAUCGAAGAAGGCAAUGUCGUCAGCGUCGAUGCCCCCGUCACCAUCUGCGGCGACAUCCAUGGCCAGUUCCACGACCUCAUGGAGCUCUUCCGCGUGGGCGGCGACGUCCCAGACACAAACUAUCUGUUUAUGGGUGACUUUGUGGAUCGGGGCUUCUACAGCCUGGAGAGCUUCCUGUUGCUUCUGUGCUUGAAGGUCAGAUACCCGGAUCGGAUCACCCUUAUUAGGGGCAAUCAUGAGUCGAGGCAGAUCACCACCGUCUACGGAUUCUACGAUGAAUGUAUUAGGAAAUAUGGCAGUGCGAACGUGUGGCGGUAUUGUUGCGAGGUGUUUGAUUAUUUGGCGCUGGGGGCGUUGAUUCUGGGCGCGACGACCGACGUUCCACCUCCGACGGGGGGCAUGACCGCUUCUAUGAACGAGAGCAACACGCAAUCCACCCUCCCUUCAGAGGAUGAUGACCUCGAAUCCGAAGUCCUCAACGCCAACGGCGAAAUCAUCUCCAAAACCCUCCGUCGCCAGUUCGCUGGUCUUUCGAUGAAUUCCCAACCAUCACAAGCCUUCAGUGACGGCAGUCGAAUAUCUCCCGCUCCGGACGUCGACCUCCCCUCAUCGCUGGACGGGUCUCAGUCAUCACCCAGCCAACCACCUCCCUCGCUCUUCCAACCGCCCACAUCUUCAACCGGCGCAGUCCUCUGCGUCCACGGCGGUUUAUCGCCCUUGGUUGAAACGGUGGACAAAAUCCGUCUCAUCGACCGCAAGCAAGAAGUCCCUCAUGAAGGCGCAAUGUGCGAUCUCCUCUGGUCCGACCCGGACGAGAUCGAAGGAUGGGGGCUUAGCCCGCGAGGCGCAGGCUUUCUCUUUGGCGCAGACAUCGUGAGGCAUUUCAACCACAACAACGACCUGUCAUUGAUUGCGCGGGCGCAUCAGCUGGUCAUGGAAGGGUACAAAGAGAUGUUUGACAAGACGAUCGUGACAGUAUGGAGCGCCCCCAACUACUGCUACAGGUGUGGAAACGUGGCUGCAAUUCUCGAGUUGGGCGAGGACGGGUCGAAUGGCGGCUGCAUACAGAGGGCGAACGGCGACCAAGGUCGGAAAGAACCCGUGGGAGGCGAUGGGAGUGGUGGUGGGACCGGCGUACUCUGGAAUCUCGCGACCCCGGGGAGGAGAUAUAGAGUAUUCGAGGCGGCGCCGCAGGGAACCAGAGGCAUGCCUGCGAAAAAGCCCGUCGGGGAAUAUUUCUUGUAA